AUGUCAGUUGUUAUAUUCACCGCUAAUACUGUUUUCGCUCAAGAAUUCGUCGCGAGGAAACUAGGUGAGUUCCUCACCAAAAACUCCAAUCUAACAGUUGUUUUCGAACAUGCAAUCGUACCUGGUUGGUCAGAUGGGAAAAUCAGUUUUCGGAAAUGUUUUGUAAGUAGACGUCCCAAGAAGAUUAGAAAAUUCGUGAAAGGGUCACAAGCUGAAGCUUAUCAAGAAAGUUUGAAGAAGAAUGAACCAAUUGAUGAACAGCAAAUGGAUAUGUUUGAAGAAGAUGCCGAUGAUGGAAAUUAUACUCAAUUUGAUUUAACUAUGGAAGAAGUCAAUGUCACAUUAUCUUUCAGUAAAUGGGUAAAUGGAACUGGGAUUAUUGAAACUAUGGAAAUUAAAGGUAUGAGAGGAGUUGUGGAUAGAACCCAUGUCUAUUGGGAACCAGAUGAUGAUGCCACGAAUUAUAAGAAUAUUUAUCAACCUGGAGAUUUCGAAUUUGACGAUUUUAAAAUGGAAGAUGUAUUAUUUACAUUAAUGCAACCAAAUGGAUUCAGAGUAUUUGAUGUUGCGAUUUAUAAUUGUGAAUUAUCAAAACUUAGGAAGCAUUGGUUAUUUUAUGAUUUUUUGAAUGCAAAUAUAAUGAGCGGAUCAUAUGAUGAUUCAUUAUUUACAAUUCAUAAGAAACAAAGAUUAACUGACUUUAAUGACGAUGGAGCCACAAAUCAAUGGAAACGAGUAACACGAAUGAGAGUUGAUGCAUUAAAUAUCGAUCAUUUGAAUACUGGUUUGGAAGGCCCUUUCGGUUGGAUCUCUAGUGGAAGAGUAGAUAUGAUUGGUGAUGUUAUGGUUCCUCAAGAAACUAAUGAAUUAAGUGUAAAAGAAAUUGUAUCAAUUAUAGCUGAAUCUAUAAAGAAAGAAGCAACAAGAUAUAAAAAUCCAGAUGUAAGAAACCCAAAGCACCCUGAUAUGCAUACUAGAUUAACUCUGGAUGAUUAUACUGAUAUUCUGAGAUAUUUUGUAUUAGACUUGACCAUAAGGUUACAUAAUGUCAGAGCAUCUGUUCCAUUCCAAGCACCUGAACUUUCAUAUAUCAAUUAUGCACUUAUUCGACCAAUUGUGGCAUAUAUAAAUUCCAAGAAUACAUUUAUAGAAAUUCAUAAUCGGGUAGUUAAGAAUCUUCAUGAUUUUAGUGGAUCUUGGACCAUUUAUGAUUCAUUAUUGAUGGAUGAUAUUUCUGAAGAAGUAUAUGAUAACUUUGUUGAUUAUGUUGCCAACGAAGAAGCGAGAUUAGUAAGAAUGAGAAAGGUGGCAUUCUGGUCACUUCAAUUAUCGGUUCAAUUUAUUGUAUUUGGGUUAGGUACUGUAGCGUAG